AUGAAAAUUCCUGACACGUCUCCUACCUAUAAUUAUGGGAUAGUUGUAGAUUCUGGAUCCUCGGGAUCUAGAGUUCAAAUAUAUCGAUGGGAAGAUCCAAAUUAUACUAAGAAGCAUGGUAAAGAAGAAGAUAUUUUAACAUCACCACCUAAGAUAGUUCAAGAAAAGGAUUGGACACUCAAGACUAGCCCAGGAAUUUCUUCUUUUGAUGAAAAGAAUAAGGUUAAAGACAUUUGGCCCAAACAUUUUGCUAAACUAAUGAAAUAUGCUGAAGAUAUUAUUCCUCUGGAUAAACAUAGUGAUACACCAGUAUUUGUUUUAGCCACUGCAGGUAUGAGACUAUUGUCUCCUGCUAAGAAGAAGAUGAUAUUGAAGGAGACCUGUUCUGCCUUACAGAAAAAUACCAACUUUUAUUUGCCAAAUUGCAAAAACUUCAUUCAAAUCAUCGAUGGAGAAACUGAAGGCAUAUACGGCUGGCUUAGUUUAAAUUACCUAAUGGGCCAGUUUGAUAAAUACAAGGGCACUGAAAAUGUACAUAAAUCGAUAGGGUUUAUGGAUAUGGGUGGGGCUUCAACCCAAAUAGCGUUUGUACCUUCAUCAAAGGAAGAGAUAAAAAAACACGAAGAAGAUUUAUCUAAAGUGAUAUUGAGAAAUAUCAAUGGAGAAAGCCAGAAAUGGAAUGUUUUUUCUGAAACAUGGUUGGGGUUUGGUGCUAAUGAGUCCCGUAAAAGAUAUUUGAACCAAUUGAUAAAUUUAUCUAUUUCAAACCCUAAUUUAGGGGCUGAAAUAAAUGAUCCUUGUUUGCCUAAAGACGCAGAAGUGAGUUAUGAACACGAGAAAGUAACGUACACUAUUAAAGGUAUUGGAAAUUAUGAAAUGUGCUUAAAGACUAUCUAUCCAUUGCUUAUGAAAAAUGUUCCAUGUAAAGAUGAACCAUGCUUAUUUAAUGGAAUUCAUGGGCCUCAGUUGAAUUUUAAAGAUGAUAAAUUCGUAGGUAUCUCAGAAUAUUGGUAUACCGCCAAUGAUAUUUUCCAAAGCGGUGGUGAAUAUAACUAUCUCAGUUUUAAUGAGAAGGUACGUGGAUACUGUGAAAGUAAUUGGAACGACAUAUUGGCUAAUUCAGAAAAGGGCGAUUACUCAAAUUUAAAUCCAGAUAAGUUUUUAAAAGAUGCGUGCUUUAAAGCAAGUUGGGUGAUUAACAUUUUGCAUGAAGGCUUUGGAUUACCAAGACUUGGACUUGAAGUUCCUAAAGAAGAGGCCGAUGAAAAGGAGGCAGAAGAAAUCAAAAAGAUAGAUAAAGUACAUGUUCCUUUCAAGUCGGCUGAUUCAGUAAAUGGCGGCGAAUUAUCAUGGACACUUGGUAAAAUACUAUUAUUUGCCUCCAGUCAAAUAGAAUCAACGACAGACAAUAAUGAUUUACAAAUUGGCAUAUACCCAAGUGAAAUUUCUGGUAAGGAUUUUGUAACAGGGUCGGGGACUUUAGCUGAUACCUAUGAUAGCGAUAAAGAUGAAGAUGAUUUAGACGGUAAUGUUAUUUAUUCGAUAAUAUUCAUUUUCUUAUUAUUUUUCUUUGUUUAUCAUUUUGGUAAGAAGCACAUGAAAUGGGCUCAUGGCUUCGGUCGAUUUGAAUUAUCACCUCAAUCAGUGAAACUGUUCAUCAAUGAAAUGGGAUCUAGACUACCUGGUGUUAAUAAGUAUUUCUCAAAUGAUGCGAUUUACCUGGAUUUUCUGAACCAGAAUGAUAUUAAUAUAAAUCUUGAGGAAGGGAUGAUUUCCAGUGCAACAACUCCAAAGAAUAUGCCCGACCUAUCGGUAUUAAGGACUAGAUCAACGAUGAAUUUAUCUGAGAUAGACAAAUCAGAAGAUAGGAUGGAUAGUGACUCAAUACAUUCUGGUCCUACAAACUUUAUGAAUAAGCCUUUUUCUUUGCCUAAAAAAAAUCAAGGAAAUCUAUUUCAAUAUGGAGAUAAUAGGAGUUGGGAUUCAUUAGUUAGGACUUCAAGUAAUAGUUCUAUACAGAGGGCAAAAAAUUUUGAGAGAAGCAAAUAG